UGAUGAGAGUGGCUCAUCAACAGUCAGGUGUGGCCGCGGCGGAGGGGAGCCUUUCAGCCCGCAACGCAGCCCCGGAGCUCCACGGAGACGAGUCACCCGUCCCAGCCGGACCUGGAGAGCGUCCGCCGCCGCCUAAGCGUUCACGCCAGCGGGAAACCGAGACCCGGAGAAGUGAGAGCUCCGCAGGAAGGAACUGAAAUCAACGGAGUCUGGAGAAACCUUCAGGAGCUGCCUCCAAAAGAGGAAAUGGGUUUCUUCUCACAAAAGGAUGGAGUCGUGUUCAUGAGCAACGGGUGAAAAGCUUUCGCCACGUGAAGGUGUGGAACCGCCACCACGGCCGGGCGUGGACGCUGCUCUGAGCACAGCUGGAAAUCCCCCUGAAGGAGCCCCGCCACCCUGCCACUGGAACGGUCCCGGCCCAAAAGGCAUGACUCACAGACGCAGAACUCUGCUGGUUUUACCUCCGAGCCAAAGGAUGAUGCGCAGCGCCGGAAAUGCGCCGUAAUCUGUGGAGCAGCUCCUGAGCGGGCGGGCGGUGUUCUGGAGCCAAACGAACAAAAACUGCACCAACCCUUUGGAGACGAAAGACCCCAGCGUCUUCUGAAACUGGUUUCACUGGGAGCUCCAAUCGGAGGCCGUUCAGAUGGCCGGGAAAGACUACAACCAUCUGUUCAAGCUGCUCAUCAUUGGAGAUUCCAAUGUCGGCAAAAGCAGCCUUCUGCUCCGCUUCGCGGACCAAUCCUUCUCCGGCAACUACAUCACCACCAUCGGCGUCGACUUCAAGAUCCGAACGGUGGACAUCAACGGGGAGCGGGUGAAGCUGCAGAUCUGGGACACGGCGGGCCAGGAGAGAUUCCGGACCAUCACUUCCACGUACUACAGGAACACGCACGGCGUCAUCAUCGUUUACGACGUGACCAAACCCGAGUCCUUUGUGAACGUGAAAAGGUGGUUGAGUGAGAUCUCCCAGAACUGCGACAACGUCUGCAAAAUUCUGGUGGGGAACAAAAACGAAGACCCGACCAAGAAGAAAGUGGAAACGCAGGACGCCGUGCGCUUCGGGGAGUCGGUGGGAGUUCGGGUCUUUGAGACGAGCGCCAAAGCCAACAUAAACGUAGAGGAGAUGUUCAUGGCUUUCACCCACAUGGUGCUGAACGCCAAGAAGCAGAGCCAGAGCCGAGCCGAGCGCGAACGGGAGCGGGACGACACGGUCAACUUCAACGCCAAGAGAGACCACGACCGCCGGAAGAGAGCGAAGAAAUGCUGCUGAGGAGCUAAAGGACCGUUUCAGCAGCAGCAGCAGCAGGAGGAGGAGGUGAAAAGGAGUCACCGAUCGGCCUGCUGGUGAAUCACCCAACAGGAACUGUGAGCUUCAGCAGCCGGCAGCGUUCUGCUCCCGUUCAUGUUUCGUUUCAGAAAAAUGUCAUGAAUGCGACGCAACAGCCCAGCAGUGAAGACGGCAGGUCCUCAUGUGAAUGAAUCACAACAGGAAGCAGCUGACGGAGCGUCACAAACGAUCUGGAACAUUCCUCCUGAUAAUCUGUGGCGCGUUCACUGCAAUCUGUAAUUGUCCUGCUGUCGAACAAACACCAGCCCGUCCCGCUAACUCUCCCCUAGAACCCGAUCUGCUAAUCCAGAGUGAGUGUAAACGCUGAAAGGGAACCGCUUGAGUCCAGAACUUCAGUCUUCAGCUUCUAAACGUCUGGCUUUGAUUUGCAAUAGAAAAAAAGCAAUAAACUGUUUUUGUGAAUUUGAAGACGA